GUCUCUAAAUACUAGAAGCCAUGUCUGUCUUCUUCGUAUCCCUCUAUACCCGAGACCACAACUUCCAACAUUUCGUAUAUAACAUAAUAGUCUCUACACAACAAGCUAUAUUUGGACUUUAUUUUGUGUGCAAAAUCGCUUAUAUUCUUCGAGAAAUAGCCAAGUGGCAGUUAUAGUGUCUGUAGCGAUUAAUAUUCUAGCGGGGUGGUCCCCAGACUUUUGGAUCAUAGCUCAUAGGCUUUGAAUCGCUCAAAAGUCACGCUGCAUCAUGCGUCUCAAUCCUCGUGCGAUCAUUUGUUGGCUUGAAAAAGACGUAUUAGGCCCAAGUUCUUAUCCACAACAAAGACUUACUAGUAUGGCUAUUCGCUCCGGAUUUGCUCAGAAAUAUCAUCUUUGACAACAACCGCCACCUCACCUCUCAAAAUGCCACCCACAGUCAUAUUAAUCCGCCAUGGAGAGGCGCUACACAACAUUGAUGAUGACUGGCAACUCCGCGAUCCUGUAUUGACAGAUGAAGGUGUCGCGCAGUGCAAACGUCUCGCGCAGGAAUUGAAGAGCAAAUACUCUUUUACGACGGAGGAUACUCUCAUUGUGGUCAGCCCGUUCCAGCGGACAUUACAGACGUUCAGACAUGGGUUGGGAUGGCUUCAAGAACAAGGGGUUCCUGUGAAGGUCCGCGCGGAAUGGCAGGAAGUCACAGCACAUCCAUGCGACGUAGGCCUCGAGUUUGCCGAGAUCGCGCCGCAGUGGCCGGAUCUAGACUUCUCUGAGCUCGAUCCUGUGUAUCCAGCCAAGACAGGAAUCUAUCAGUACUCCGAGGAGGUAUUGCUUCAGAGAGCUCAUUUGGCAAGGUCGUGGCUCUUCGAAAGAAAGGAGAAGUUGGUUAUUGUUGUGACGCAUUCAGGUUUCCUGAAGAGGACCGUCAAAGGCACCAAGUACGCGAACACUGAGUUCAGAACGUACGAAUUCAAGGACAAAAAAAGCGCAAGUCAAGAUUACGAGCUGGUCCAAGUCGAUGCGAAGCAGCCGACUGAACAGGAAGUUGCAACGCCAGCAUUGUAAUUAGCUUCUACCGCGGUAUCACCUCUGGACGUAGUGCGAGUAUGGAUCAGACAGGCUUAGACGGUAGAGACGAUAGAGACAUAAUAGUAGCAGGCACCAGAUUACACCA